AUGAAAGCUUUCCAAGUGAAGGAACACGCUCAUCCGAGCAAGAUAUCAGUCUCAGAUAUACCGAUACCCAAGCCAAGGACGGAAAAGGGGGAAGUACUAUUAGAUGUACAUGCAGCUGGCCUCAAUUUCUUCGAUAUACUCCAAGCUCAAGGGAAAUAUCAGACCCAACCACCACUUCCCUUCGUACUCGGUGCAGAAGUAGCAGGAACCAUCUCCCAUACAGCGCCUAUACCAGAUGAUUGUCCUUACCAGCCAGGGGAUCGAGUAGCAGGAUACGCCCAGGGAGCAUAUGCCGAACACGUAGUAGUCAGUUGGAGAAACCUUUUGCCUAUACCAGACGAGUUGAGCUUUGAGGAAGCUGCUACUAUACCUUUAACACCAACGACGAGUUAUGCAGCUCUAGUAGGUAGGGCGAAAGCCAAGGCCGGGGAAUGGGUGUUGAUACAUGCUGGCGCGGGAGGAGUAGGUCUGGCAGCUUGUCAAAUUGCUAAAGUCCUAGGAUGUAAGGUCAUUGCAACGGCUUCUUCGCCCUCAAAGCGGAGAGUAUGUCAGGAGUAUGGUAAAGCAGAUGAAGUGGUAGAUUAUACUCGGAAGGAUUGGCAGAAAGAAGUGAUGCGGAUAACUGGAGGUAAAGGUGUGAAUGUGGUAUUUGAUCCAGUUGGAAUGAUCAUAUCUUCGCUCAAGUGCGUGGCUUGGAAUGCCCGAUUAGUCGUGGUGGGAUUUGCAGCUGGGUCAAUCGAAAAGAUCCCAGCGAAUCUACUACUGUUGAAACAAGCUUCAGUCAUGGGUGUGUAUUGGGGCGGAACAGCAGUGAAAGACCCAUCAUCCGUCUUCCGAGUAUCUCAAGAAGUCCUCUCACUCUUAAGUGAAGGCAAGAUCAAAGCAGUGAUCUAUGAUAAGUCGUAUAUAGGUUUAGAUAAAGUAAGUGAGGGUUUAAGGGAUAUUGAAAGUAGGAAAACAUGGGGUAAAGCAGUCGUCACCAUAAACAAAGUGCUAACAGCUAAAUUGUAG